AUGGAUACCAAUCAAUCUUGGAUUGAUUGGUAUUUAUCUGAGCCAAGGGGAAAAUACCAAGUUAAAAUUGAUAAAGAGUACAUAAUGAAUGCAUUCAAUUACUAUGGUAUACGCCAAAAGGUUAAUUUAUUUUCUGCAGCAUUAGAAUUGAUGGUAAAGAACUAUUACCAACCUAUAAAUAUUGAUGAAGAUGAUAAAUCUAAACAAAUUAUUAUUGAGCAGCAAGCUGAAAUGCUUUAUGGCCUAAUACAUGCAAGAUAUUUGCUCACCAAUGAAGGAUUGACUAAAAUGUACGAAAAAUAUAUUAAUGGAUGCUUUCCAAAGUGUCCUCGCAAACUAUGCAAAGGAAUGACUUGCUUGCCGUAUGGUGUGUCCGAUGAACUCAACGAAUAUUCGGUAAAAUUAUUUUGCCCUUCAUGCAAAGAAAUCUACAACAUGCCAGAUAAUAGUAUGGCGACUGUUGAUGGUGCAUAUUUUGGUCCAUCAUGGGUUAAUCUUUUUAUUUCAAAAUACUCGAGUCUUUUUAAGAAUAUUAAUAUAGAAAAAUACGUUCCCAAGAUAUAUGGAUUUAGGAUUCAGUCUCAGUUUUACGAAAAUCAUGAUGAGGAAGAAACUCUAUCAUGA